AUGUUGCCACGCACCCGUGUGGCCAACCGUCUUAUCCGACCUUCAACGUUUGUGCCUCGCCGCCAUAUGCGCAUUGUACCUGUUCCCGUCCGUGAGGACAACUAUGCCUACAUUUUAAUGUCUACGCCAGCCCAGGGUAACUCCCAGGCUGUGUUUGUAGACCCCUAUGAUGUGAAGUCCGUGCACAAAGUGGCGAAAGAUCUGGGCCUACCUGACGAUGCGGUUGUCGGCUGUAUUGCGACACACAAGCACUUUGAUCAUGCCGGUGGGAAUGAAGACUUUGCUCAAACAUUCCCAGGGCGGCCUAUAUGGGGUGGGUCACGAGAGGUUUCGCAAGUGACACACAUUGUGAAGCAUGGCGACAAGUUCACUCUGUUUGACCAAGCCCCCGUUCAUGUUACAGCCUAUUCCACACCAUGCCACACACGCGAAAGCACUUGUUUCUUUGUCGAAGAUGAACGUUCACAGGAGGAGCUUGCCCGUACGGGACAUGGUAUUAAGGAGGGCCACGAGGGUGAGAAGAAGCGCGGCGUUUUUACAGGGUGUGUACCUAUUUCAUUGACAACUAGUGAUACACUCUUCAUUUCAGGCUGCGGACGAUUCUUUGAAGGGGAUGCAAGUGACAUGCACCACGCCUUAAACGAGGUGAUUGCUGCUCUUCCCUCCGACACACUUGUAUACUGCGGGCAUGAAUAUACGGCAUCGAACGCUAAGUUCAGUGCUAAGCUGCUGCCCCACCGGCCAGCCAUCCAGUCUCUCUUGUCCGAUUUGUGGGGUCGUCGCAACAAUGGCGUUACGACGGGUAUUUAUACAUUGGCCGAAGAGCGCGCUCAUAAUCCAUUCAUGCUAGUCCACGAUGACGAGGUGCAAAGGGUCUCGGGAAGCACCAAUCCCAUUGAGACCAUGGCAUUCCUUCGUUCCGCCAAAAACCGUGGCUAUGUGUGA